CUCUGGGUCCACAUACAAGCUCUCCUAUUUCAAACUGGAGUAUUGGGCAGCACUGGAUUCAUAGAAACUCACACAUUUCUCUGACACAUUGUCAUGAAACAUUGUCGACCCACACAGCAAAAAAAUGUGCUGGAAGAAAAAGAGAACACAUUUCUGGGCUUCCAAUAGAUCUGUUUCAAUUCUAACUAUUGUUCUAUGCAGACCAUCAGAAACUGCUGGAAUUUAAGGGGUUGUAAUUAUUGUUCCAUAUAUAUAUAAUUGAUGUGAAGAAGAUUUAAAAUGAAGAUAUUGCUGGUUUGUUCUUUUUGUGAACUUCCACUAGAUGAAGGUGCUGAGUGUUGCAUGUCUGGUUCUUUUCUUUUUUUUUCAUAUUCCUUCAAUGUUUUAAAAAAUAACAUGACUACAGUAUGAUAAAUUCUACGUGUUUUAUAAUGAUGUGUGAAAAAUUGAACAUUUAGUAGUUUAUAACUACAUACCCAGUUUGUGUUGUAUUUGUGUCUGGUCUUUGCUAACACAAUAGCUGACCACACUGUCUUUAUGGAAAUUUAAAAGUGUGCCAAGGUGCAUUUCGGCUACAACUUUCUGUAAUUUCAGAAAUCAUCUUGAUUCAUCCUAGGUGCUGGUGAUGAACUGAGUUUUCCAGAUAUUUUUACUGCAUAUCUGAAGCUUUAUCUGCUUUAGGAUGUCACUGUUAAGAAGAUAAUGUUUAUGCACGAAGGCAGUGUGCCUUACACAGCUAUGCACCCUUAUGCAGAGUGCCUCUAAACAUUAGAAGCUGUAAAGAAAAGAAUAAUAAAAUCUACUCUGAAAAUGCAAUGGUUUCCUUGAUCUUCUGUGAUCCUCUGAAGAUUGUUGAGAUCGGGAUAAUUGUUUACACUGCGUAAACCGUCAAAGAACAUUGUUGCUUUCAUAUGUCAUUCGUUUCCGUGGUUCCUGACCAAUUGCUUUGUAAAGUAAUCGACGCUUUGAACCCUCCCCCUAUGACAAAAUGGCCUACAGGCCUCAUCUACACAUUCCAAGUCAGUCAACAGUUCACAAUCGCAAUCCACAUUUCCCAUAUCUGACUUUAAAACAGUUUUAGUAUUAUGUUAUAAACAGAGUACAUCCCUAUCAGAAGAACGACUUUUAAUGUAACUCUGCUCUGUUAUGCAUGACGCAAAUAGUAAGGGAUCAGCGGUAAACGAGGCCACGCAUUGUCUGCCCCCCGCCCUCCCUCUGCUUGUCAGGAAGCAAGCUGAUUGGCCGAGGCCUAGCAAAGAGCGCCCGGGGAUCCAAAACUGCAGGCCGCACUUAGCUUACCGUCAAAAAUAAACCAAAACAAAAACAGACAAAAGUAAGGAGAGGAAGAGACACCGAUAGAGUCAGAAGACGACGUUAUCAGGAGGACCAAGUACAUUAAUGGAAGCAAGUGCAGCACACACCUUACUGAUUUUAUUCUAAGGCUUUUAUAAUCAAAUGUGAAGUCUUUUUUGAAGGAAAAACAUGGAUCAAGGAGGAGGGGUGUUGGAGUUACAUACCCAAGAACUAAAGAUGCCACACGCUAUGAUCAUGCAAGACUUUGUUGCAGGCAUGGGAGGUCUGGCUCACAUCGAUGGGGAGCACAUUGUUGUAUCUGUUCCUGAGGGUAUGCUUCUUUCUGAUGUGAUGACAGAUGAGGGCAUCCUCCUGGAACAUGGGCUUGAGGUUGAAGGCCUGGAGACUCAAGUAGUUGAAGGCCUGGAGACCGAGGUUGUUGAAGGACUGGAGACUGAAGUUGUGGAGAGCUUACAUGCGGAAGUAGAAGGCUUAGAUGCAGAAGUAGUUGAGGGGCUGCAGACACAGGUGGUGGAGUUAGAGGCUCAGGUUGUCGAGGGUCUCGAAGGGGAGGUUGAGGUGGAAGGUCUGGAGGCACAAGUGGUUGAGGGUCUGGAAACUGAGGUUGAUGUUGAAGAUUUAGAAGCUCAUGUUGUUGGAAGCCUUGAGGAAGAGGUGGAGGUGGAGGGUCUAGAAGCUGAAGUUGUUGAAGGUCUAGAGGUAGACGUUGAAAGCUUGCAGUCUCAAGGUGUCGAGACACAUGAACUGACCAGUGAACACAUGGUGCCUUCGGGGCACAGUGUAAUCAUGCCUGAAAAUAUCCUGGGGACUGAAGUGGCUAUAGAGGAGGCUCUAGACCAUCACCACCACCAUCAUCAUCAUGUCCUCACCUCAGAUCUCAUCCAGGACUCAAAUCACCACCAUGAUGAUAUGACAGACCAGGUGUUUGUGGCAGAGCUGCUCUCUGAGCACCAAGAUAACACCCUGGACCACCAGCUUGUGUCAAGAGGGUUGAUGGUAACUGAGACAGGCUCAGAGACCAUAAUCCACGAACAGCUGCCAACUGAAGGAGUUCCUUUGCAGACAGAUGAGGAUGAUGAUGCAAGAAGCAGCUCGGAGGAUUACCUCAUGAUCUCAUUAGAUGAAGUUGGAGAAAAGUUAGACAUUGGAGACACUCCCCUUGAAAUCAGCACAGAGGUAAUGGAAGACAAGGACUCCAAAGAGGUGGAUGGUUCAGAGGUUAUCAAAGUCUACAUUUUUAAAGCUGAGGCGGAUGAUGAUCUUGGUGGGACCGAGGUUAUAACUGAGGAUGAUUACCAGAACGGCCACCCGGACCUGGAAGCUGCCUCAUCGGGCAGACUGGGAGUUGGUCGUGACAAGAUGGUGUACAUGGCAGUCAAAAACCCUCCUAAAGAAGAGGAAGAGGAUGAUGAUAAUGACAGUGAUGAAGAAGAUGAUGAAAUUGGUAACACCAUUGAUCAGGUGAAAAAUGGAGCGUCUACACCAUUUCUUCAAAUCCGCAAUGGACCAGCUGCAAAUCGUGCACUGAAAUCCAAAGUUAAGAAAAGGAAGAAAGGAGAUACCCGACAGUGUCAGACUGCUGUCAUCAUUGGACCAGAUGGUUUGCCUUUGACAGUAUAUCCCUGCCACAUAUGUGGAAAGAAGUUUCGCUCACGUGGUUUCUUAAAGUGUCACAUGAAGAAUCACCCAAAUCAUCUGCUCAAGAAAAAGUACCAAUGUACAGACUGUGACUUUACCACCAACAAGAAGGUCAGUUUCCACAACCAUUUGGAGAGCCACAAACUGCUGAGCCACAACAGUGAUCGCUCUCCAGAGUAUGCAGAGUAUGCACGUCGCUACCACGAGUCCAGUCCACUGGGCUCUGAUAAGCUUAUUGUCAAAGACCGGGAGCCGAAACUACAUCACUGCAAGUACUGCAAUUAUGAGACAGCCGAACAGGGUCUACUUAACCGUCACCUGUUGGCUGUGCACAGUAAGAACUUUGCACACGUGUGUGUGGAGUGUGCCAAAGGCUUUCGCCAUCCAUCUGAGCUAAAGAAGCACAUGCGAACCCACACAGGCGAGAAGCCCUAUCACUGUCCGCACUGCGAGUUCCGCUGCGCAGACCAGUCCAACCUAAAGACUCAUAUCAAGAGCAAGCACGGUGCAGAUCUUCCCUUCAAGUGUAGUCACUGUCCCCAAGCUUAUGCUGACGCCCGGGAGCUCCAACGUCACAUAGAGAUGGUGCAAGGCCAUAAGACCCACCAGUGUCCACACUGCGAUCACAAGAGCACCAACUCCAGUGACCUGAAGCGGCACAUCAUCUCCGUUCACACCAAGGACUUUCCUCAUCAGUGCGAUGUGUGCGAGAAAGGUUUCCACAGGCCCUCUGAGCUGAAGAAACAUGCAGAAACACACAAGGGCAACAAGGUGCACCAGUGCCGGCAUUGUAAUUUCAAUGCUCCUGACACGUUCACCUUGAGCCGCCACAUUUUGUCCCUGCAUACCAAGGACCUCCCUUUUAAAUGCAAACGCUGUCAACGAGGCUUCCGACAACCCGCUGAGCUGAAGAAGCACAUGAAGACACACAGUGGUAGAAAGGUGUAUCAGUGCCAGUAUUGUGAGUAUAACAGUACGGACGCUUCUGGCUUCAAACGCCAUGUCAUCUCCAUCCACACCAAGGACUACCCACACCGCUGUGACUACUGCACCAAGGGCUUUAGGAGGCCUUCUGAGAAGAGCCAGCACAUAGCCAGACAUCACAAAGACAUGAUAAUGUAACAUCACCAUGCACAAACUUACACUCCCCCUGCUCCACCCCCAAGAAAAUUUGUGUCACACCCAGAGGUAAUUUUAGUGUAUAAACAGUGUAGUGAUGGAGGACAUUGAUGGGGACAACAUGUAAUUGCAGUUUUGUUCUGUGUUGGGUGUAAACCUCUUCCCCCAAAGGUAAUAAAAGAACACAUUUUAGAUGAGGUGAAGUCUAACAAAAAAAAAUCGGUGUAUACACUGAGUGGGACAUCUGUAAAUUGUUUUGUUUUGUUGCAGAAAAUCACUUAUAAGCAUAUAUUCAGGGUUUCAAAUGUCUAUAUUUUUAUACCCACUCAGCUGAAAUGCUGCGAGAUGAUCACUUUGUCUUGUAAAACAAAAGCGAUGCUUUGUCAACAUCAUGCCAGUUCAUCCGAAGAUGUGGACUAAGUUCCAGGAACAUUUGCCUCCAACUAGUACCGACUAGUAUCUGUUUUCCUCAUCACAUAGCUUCAAAUCAUGACACGUGUUUGUAUCCACUUGGUCUUUACAGGACAUAACUUAUCAUGAUUUCGUGAAUGGUUUUCAACAAAGUCUAUACACAGUAUGCACCUUAGAAUGGCAUUCUAUUCACUGACAGUUGAGCCCUCAGCAUUUCGAAAUUCUCCACAUACGUGAGUGUUGGAGUUAGUUAAAAGGAAUCAUGUAUCAUAUAGGAAAAUGGAAUGGAAAUGGUCCUGAUCUGAUCGAGCAUGUCUUGCAAGGAGAAGUGGUCUGUUGGUAUACAAAAAAGUUCCCUUAAGCAUAAAAAACACAUCUCUGACACAAACAUUGUAUCUGUAAAACUAGUACCGCUAUUUAGUAAGAGGUGUAUGAUUAUUUGAGCUUGAUGGUUGACUCUAAAGCAGACAUAACAGCUGACAUCCUGUUAGAGAUAGAAAGAGAGCUGGAUGUUAGCCAUGAUGGAAAAGUGCACUCUCUCUCUCUUUCUGUCUGCUAACCAUGUGAUUGCAAUCAUGCCUUACAUCUGUUGGUCUUUUUUUUUCCUUUAAGCACUGAUAAACACAGCUAUUGAAAAUAUGUCAUUUUUAACUCAAACAUGCUGUACCAAUGCCUCUCUCUCAGAGAGUAGGUGUUUCGAGUCAGUAGAAAGCACUUUAAUACUUUAACUUUUUUGAAUUUUAAUUAUGUGUAAAGGGACUUUAUAAAUACAUAUAUAUGUAUUACUUGUGUGCAUAUAUAUAUAUAUAUAUAUAUAUAUGCACACACUGUAUAUGAUUAUAUAUGUAUAUAUAUAGUCUUUCUCUUUAUGAACCCUACAUCAUAUUAAUAAAAAUAAAGAAUCUUUGUGAGUGGGUAAAGAUAGAUUUCAGUGUUAUGUCUAACAGGUGAGCACGAUGUGUUACUGUAUCAAAACCGAACUAUCGUCAACUGCGGUGAGUGGAAGUAUUUGUUGUUUUGUACUAUGGAAAUUGAUUGUCUGGGUUUUGUGUUCUGUUUGUGCUCACUAACAUGUUUCCCACACCAUCACCCCCCAUUUCCCGUCUUCAAUAGCCUGACCUGCUCAUAAACAGUGGAAUAUUCCUUCUUUGAAGUCAGUGGUCAUCAUAUUGGCAUAAGUCAUAAAAUAUGCACAUAGGCUGUUUUCCAGAAAAAAAAUGAAUUGUGAUAUACAUAUAUAUAUAUUUAAAAGAAUCCCUGCAUUUCGUGUAUGUUAUUUUCUUUCAGUCUGAUUGUGGAUAAACUACUGGUGGGGAACAACCAAAAUAAACAAUUAUCUUUUUA